CUUUUAUGCGUAUUAGGGUAACUUUUAUUUAUUUUAGGGGUAACUUUUGAUCAAUCUAGUCUGUCUUUGUAGUGGAUAUACAAUACUUAUUGUACACCCGAUUUUUUUUUUAAAGUUUGUGAUUCCUAUUUGUGUUAAUUAAUUCCCGUAAAAAAUGCCUAUUAGAGACUAUCAAUAGUGGACAAAGUCCAAUGUAUAUUUAUCCUAAACUUUUUCAAAAAACAAAAAUAAAAAAAUAAAAAAAUUCGGUAAGUCGGUUAAGACUUAAGAAUCUCACUCUUUAACUUCCUUUCCCCUUUUCGUCCAUUCCAUUUACUCCGUACAUUUCUUGGCUCUCGCAAUAAUAAGAAAGUAGAAUUCUUUAAUGGCGACGAUGAAGCGCGAAAAUCCAACAGCAAACGAACAAGAGCAACCCCAUUCUAAGAGAUUAAAGAACGAUCUUCGUGUUGUCCUCAAUCCAGCCGACUGUGAUUUGGCUUUCAACAUUGAAGCUGAUGGCCUCACAGGGCAUGCUCUUUACGAGCAGGGAUUUGCUUAUUGUUGGUCUGGUGCUCGGGGAAAUAUUGGAAUUACUGGAGGGAAGUACUAUUUUGGAUGCAGAAUCAUCUCUGAUCAGCCUGUGAUAAUGGAAGAAACUCCUCUUGACCAACAACAUGUUUCUCGCAUUGGCGUUUCAAGAGGUGAUGCUCCUGUUGGAAACCUUGGUGAAACUAAAGGUAGUUUUGGGUACGGUGGAACUGGGAAAUUCUCAACUAAUGCCAAGUUUGUGGAUUAUGGUGAGAGGUUUGGCAUUGGUGAUACGAUUACUUGCUUAGUGGAUCUUGAAAGUAAACCUUGUGCUUCAGUGGAGUUCUCUAAAAAUGGGAAACGGUUAGGUAUUGCAAAGUAUCUUGAUGAAGACCCUAAAAGUCCUGGAGCGGUUUCUCCAACUGGAAAUUUAUCAUGGAAAUCAGCCCUCUUUCCUCAUGUUCUGCUGAAGAAUACUGUGGUUAAGAUGCAAUUUAGCACAGAAGACGGACUAGUUCCUGAAGAAGGGUACAAGCCAUGGGCCUCUGCUGUGAACGAUGGAAAUGCAGUGAUUGGACCUGCUUUUUCCGACUCUCAAGCUUGUGAGGUGAUAAUGAUGGUUGGAUUACCUGCUUCAGGAAAGACUACCUGGGCAGAAAAUUGGGUGAAAGAGCAUCCAGAAAAACGUUACAUUUUGCUUGGAACAAACUUGUCCCUUGAUCAGAUGAAGGUUCCAGGUUUGCAGCGAAAAUCCAAUUAUGGUGAACGCUUUGAUCGGUUAAUGGAUCGGGCAACUGGAAUUUUUAACACAUUAUUGUCAAGGGCAUGUAAAGUACCUAGGAACUACAUCAUUGAUCAGACUAAUGUUUACAAAAGUGCUCGAAGGCGGAAAUUGAAGCCAUUUGCAAACUUCCACAAGGUAUCUAUGAUUGCUGUAGUGGUCUUCCCAAGACAAGAUGAGCUAAAGUUUCGUGCUGAAAAACGAUUUAAAGAAAUGGGUAAGGAAGUACCUCCUGAAGCAGUUAAUGAGAUGUUAGCUAAUUAUGUUUUGCCUAUGAGCAAAGACAUGCUUCAUACGGAAGAGUAUUUUGAUGAGGUCAUCUUCACAGAGCUCAGUAGGGGUGAGGCACAGCAGCAGCUUGAUGAGAUGAAGCGUGCCCCUAUAUUGUCAUCUAGCAUGAAGUCCAAGGGUGAUCAUUCAUCAUAUUCCCGUGAAAGUUCUGUCCAUUCAAAUUUUAGGUUGUCAGCUUGUGGUCCUGGACAACCCUACUCACAAUAUUCAAGCCCCUCGUUAGGACUUCAAACAGAUUUUGGGACAGGCUCUUGGAUUGGUCCUCCUGGACAUGCUUUGCAGCCAAAUCCUGCCAACGCAAUUAGAGGAUAUACAGGGCAAUCUGUCGCAUUAGAGUCAGUGCAGCCUCGUCCCUUGAACUAUGUAAAUACCAGAUAUGAAAGCCCUGGAUUUUCUGGCAGAAUAGAAGCACCAGGGUCCUGCUCCUAUCCUGGGAGUUUGAAUUCAAUGCCUCCCAGGAAUUGUCAUCCUGGAACAUAUUCAAGCUACAGUAGUCCUGCUCUCGGGAAUAAUUUCACGCAGCUUGACGGUGGAAACUAUUUGUAUGAUCCUCAUAGAAUACAUGAAUCUGCCUGCUCUUAUGGAACCAGAUACGGAAAUAGUGCAGAAGAAGCAAUUUUAGCUAACCAAUUUAAUGUUUCGCAAACCCCAUACUCAAGGCCUCAGGGAAGUUACUCUGCUGAUGUGCGGCAUCCUGGAGCUGCACUAUACCAUCCUCCUAGAUAUUACUAAUUGCUGGUGCUGCUCUCAGGAAUCGAGAUAAUACUUAGCUUUGCUGAUCAUGGAGACUGAUGUGUAAAUGUUUUGUGGAUAACUCUUUAAAGUGAGUACUAUUGGCUUAUGCGCCAUUUGAUCCUUUUUGUUCUUCCUAUUUUGACUUUUUUUGUCUCGCAAAAGGAUUCUAAAUGGGAAGAACAAAAAGGAUCAGAGGAAGUGACAUAUCUUGUCUUGUCACACAAUUUUAUUUUUGUCCCAUAAUAAUAGUUGAUUUUUCUUAUA